GGAGAAGAAGAAGGGUGCGUUCCGUUUCACGCAAUGCGCGCAUAAUGUUACAUAUAAUAUAUAUAAUGCGCGCAUAUGCGUGAAACGGAACGCACCCCAAGAAGACAAGUAAACAAGCAUCUACCUGGGCAAGGAAGAAUCACGUUUACGUGACGCGUUUUACGAUUUCAUAAAGAACGAUGGGAAAAAAAGAUAAGAAUAAAAAUAAGAAUAAGAUUAGUGGCAGUAUAAAAACAGCACUAAAAACCGAGAAGAAGCUUAAUGUCAAGCAGAAAAAAGAAUUAGCGGCACUUGGUGAGGAUGAUAUAGAAAAGGUUGUUGCCGAAAUUGAGAGGGAGGAAGCCCACCGACAACGCGUUAAGGAGGCAGUAAUAGAUGCGCCGUCCCGACGAGUUAAUUUUUCUCUAACGGCGCAUCCCUUCAAAAAUGAGCUCGUUAUGUUCGGCGGCGAGUUUCAUGAUGGUCGACAGACCUUGGUAUAUGGUGAUUUGUUUUUUUACAAUACAAAUAAACAAGAAUGGACGAUAGUGAAGGCACCAGGAGCACCUCCGCCACGGUGCGGUCAUCAAGCAGCAGCCACUACGAACCACAGUGGCGAGUUAUGGAUAUUUGGUGGAGAAUUUACUAGUCCGAGUGAAUCACAGUACUAUCAUUAUCGUGACUUAUGGGUGUUUCGUUUUACUGAUAAAAAAUGGGAGAAGAUCACAGCUCCAAACGGUCCAUCGGCUAGGAGUGGACACAGAAUGAUACACGUAAAGAAGCAGUUGAUUGUAUUCGGUGGAUUCCACGACAAUCUACGGAAUGACUACAAAUACUUCAACGACGUACACAUAUUUGAUCUGGAAACUUACACGUGGCAAAAAAUUGAGACUGUCGGCGUUCCACCCGCUCCUCGAUCUGGUUGUAUAUUAUUGCCGACCGCUGAUGGUAGCAAGCUCAUCGUGUAUGGUGGCUACAGCAAGGAGAAAGCGAAAAAGGAUGUAGAUCGAGGCCAGGUUCACACCGAUAUGUUUCUCUUAACGCAGGACAAAAAUAACGCAGCCAAGUACAAGUGGAGUUGCGCAAAGCAGACCGGAGUCCGGGUAUCGCCAAGAUGUGGCGCUUCCGCUACAUCAGUCCAGUCCGCGGCCAAUCAGGCCUUCGUGUUCGGCGGUGUGCACGACGAAGACGAUGAGAACGAGGAGAAUCUACGAGGAACAUUCUAUAACGACUUGUUCGCGUUGGAUUUAGGGAAAUUGCACUGGCGUGUCGUAACGUUAUCCGAGAAAACAGAAACAAGCGGCAACGCGGAAGAACGCAGACGAAGAAGAAGAAAAAAACACAAGGAAGAAAAUGACGAAUUAGAAGAGAGUGGUACUGAUUCCGAUGAAGAAAUAUUGGAGAAAUGUUCCGAGCAAUCCGCAGUUAGCAUAGACGACGACGGAAUAUUCACGAUGACAGUAGGUCCAGCAGUACCACUUGGAAUUUCUUCAUUGUCUCUUGAUUCUUCUUCGGCGAUGAAAUGCAGCAAACAAACUAAAUUUUUUCCGUCACCACGAAUAAAUGCCGGAAUGGCGAUAAAGAAUAAUAUUUUGUACAUAUAUGGCGGCAUAGUGGAAGAAGGUAAUCGACAAUAUACCCUUCGUGACUUUUAUAGUCUAGAUUAUCGAAAAUUGGACGAGUGGAAAACCCUGAUGGCGGAUGAUCUAUCGUCGCAAACAUGGUUCGAUUCCUCAGAAGAUUCGGAAGAUUCGGAAGAAGACAGCGAAGAAGAAUGUGAUAACGAAUUGGUAGAUGAUAAUGGAGAGCUGAGAGAGAAAGAAUGAAUUAAGGACAAAAGAAUAAAAAUAAUUAAUUAAGGACAAA